AUUAGUAAUUCUUUUGUUUAAUUUGAGAAAAUGUUACGAUUGAUACACAGUACCGCUCGAUCAAACAUUUUGUAUAUAAGAACUUAUGGAAUUCAGUUUAGUUCAAAAGAAACAGCUAAUUCAUGAUUUGUUGAGUCUGGCGUCCAUGCUUUUAUUGACCAAAAACGAAAUAUAUUGACCUGUUAAGAGUACAAGAACCUGCUUAAUUCACGCCUACCUAGUACAUAUGAGCCACGAAACGCUCAAUCGAAUACUAAUCAUAUAUUUUUAAAAUAAAUAAACCUUUUAACUGAACAGACUGCGACAAGAAGGGAAUAAACGUCUAGUGUAAUUACGUUAUUAUUUAAGGGAGAAGAAUUUAAAUUAAAGGGUCUCAACUCGUUUAAAAAAUUAACGACUUUUCCCUGAACAGACUACUCUCUUUACUGAGUAGUUGGUCCUACUGCACGCAGCGUGAAAAGACGCGAACCUAGCCAAGCAUAUUGUGUCAAACGUGUAAACAAUUAUGUCACCUGUAAACAAUUUCUUGUGGGGCCAGAAAGAGUCCUGUAUUCUUCUGCACCUUUGUGUUGAAGAUGAAGUCAGUGGUGCCAUUCAAGUUCAUUUUGAUGUUCUUUCUUAUUUCACAUUUACCAAGAGCUGUGGACUGUAGUGCCAGCAAUGUAAACAACUGCUACACUUUUCAUGACGUUGACAGUACCUGGAACGAAGCCCGUGACGCGUGCCGUGACAUGGGAGCUCACCUAGUUACCAUGGAAACGACAGACGAGUGGAACAAAGUUAAGGGCUUCCUCGCAGAUAAAGUGACGGAAACUGGUAGUUACACUCACUAUUACAUUGGACUCCGUAAAGAAAGCGGAACGUGGAAAUGGACUGAGGCAGGAUCGCCUGGUGUCACUGUGGCCACAGAUGACAGCCGCUGGCAGAGCGGUCAGCCUAGUGAUGAUUCAAGGGAAGUUUGUGGCGAAAUCUGGUAUCCCAGUUCAGGGACCCAAGGGCAUUUUAAUAAUGUCAUGUGCAAUAGAAAAGAUGCGGGUCAAGGAAUAACGGCAACACGUGGAUACAUCUGUGAAAACUAUUAAAUCAAACCGAGAUUAACUGAGUUAACCUGAUCAGUUAAAUGUUGAAAUCAAUAUAAAAGGGAGUAAAUUUUAAGCUUAAUAAAGCAAGCUGAAUAAAAAUAAACAAAAGAGUUUUGAUUUCUGUGUUUAUUUUUUUUUCCCUUGGCCAAAGAGAAAGCGGUGUAUGUGUCAAAUUUUUGCCAUGGAAGGAAAGAUCAAGCAUUCUAUCGCCAUGGUCCUGUUUUUCCUUGCAAAUUUCCAUGUAUAUGUUGAAUGAAAAGAUACUCGCUUUAUUGAUAUCUCAGACGGAGAACGAGGGAGUUGUGUAUUUUGUUCUCGCUAGUGUUCAGAGUUCUCCAGUUCUCGCAUAGCUCUGCCGCAUCGGGAAUCAUGCGCUUAUCAGUACAAUAGAACAUGGCUUUGGCAACUCUAUUGACCAAUCAGGGCGUGCUUAGUAUCUUAGUUAUUUUAUAAAGGUAAAUUACUAUAAACAACUUUUACUAUUAUGUCUUAAAAGGCAAAAAUUUAAUAGUCGAACAAUCCAUUCUUUCAAGUACUACCAUUUA